GGCGCUAGGGUCGAGGAGCAGAAGUGCGCUGGGUUCCCGGGACAUUGGCAUUGGACGCGCCUUGAAGGCGGUGAGGAGCCGUCCAGGGCCUCGGAGAGCGAUCAUGGACUCUGUGGGGGCAGGUCAUCCCCAGAGCCCGCUGCAGUCCUAAGGGAAGGUGUGCGCAGGUGCCUGCAGCAACAGUGUGAGCAGACGGUGCGGAUCCUGCACGCCAAGGUGGCCCAGAAAUCCUACGGAAAUGAGAAGCGGUAGGUCCCUCAGCGGCCCCUCCAAGGUCCCUGCAGCCCAACCUUCAGCCCUAUGUGCCUGUUUAGUGCCUUUUAGAACCUGGGGAGGACUCAGGGCUCAGAUAUAGGCCAAUCAGGGCCUUUUCCUUCAGGGGCCAUUGGCCCCAACUUUGGUCUAUAGCAGAACCUCCUUGUAAAUCUAUGGUCCCCACUCAUUCACUCAUUCAUUCAUUCUUUCAUUCCUCAACUGCCUACUGAGUGCUUAUCAUGUGCCAGGCUCUCUGGCAUUGCUGGGCACCAGACAUUUGGCUGAACAAGACAGAUACAGUCCCUGCCCUCAUGGCAUCUUCACUCUAGUGUGGCAGAGUGAAGUCCGCACAAAAUCAGUGAACAAGAUGCUUCCAGAAUGUGAUGAGAGCUAGAAGGAAACAGAACAGGGGAAUGGGACAGAAAGUGAGGAGUGAGGGUGUACUUCAGCUAGCCAGGUAAGGUGGUAGAAAGGCCUUUUAAGGAGGUGACAUCUGAACUGAGACUUGAAUGUGAAAAUGGAGCCAGACAUGAGAAAAUCUGGGGGAAGCGUGUUCCCAUUAGAAGGAACAGAAAAUGCAGAGACAUAGGCACUGGACUAACUUGGCCUGUUCCAGGACAAAAGAAGUCAGAGUGGCUGGAAUAAGAGAAGGAGAGGGGACAUCGUAGGAAAUAAAUUUGGAGAGGUAAGCGGGGGCCAGAUCAUGUGAGGACUUUGAAUUUAAACCACUGGAGAAUUUUAAGAUGAGUAACAUAUGUUAAAAAAAUUUUUUUAAAUGAAAACAUUCUGGCUGCUGUGUGAAAAACAGGUUGAAGGGGGUAGGAGUGGAAGCAGAGAAACCAGUUGGAAGGCUGAUGCAGUGGUCCAGGAAAAGAGAUGGCAGCUGGGACUAAGGUGGAGGUGGUUCUUCUGCCCCCCACCCUGUGUCUACCUCGCAGGUCCUGGCUGGAGGGUGAAGUCUCUGCAGGGCCAAGCCCACCAGGGAGGGGAGACCGGGCCCACGGUGUGUGGUUACAUGGGAUUGGAUGGCGCAUCCAGCAGCGCCGCCGAGACGCAGAAGUUGAAUUUCGAGGAGCAGCAGGACUCCAGGGAAUUCGGUUGCGCCAAGACCCUGUACAUCUCGGACGCAGACAAGAGGAAGCACUUCCGUUUGGUGCUGCGGCUAGUGCUCCGAGGGGGCCGGGAGCUGGGCACUUUCCAUAGUCGCCUCAUCAAGGUCAUCUCGAAGCCCUCGCAGAAGAAGCAGUCGCUGAAAAACACCGACCUGUGCAUAUCCUCGGGCUCAAAGGUCUCCCUCUUCAACCGCCUGAGAUCCCAGACGGUCUCCACGCGCUACCUCUCUGUGGAGGACGGGGACUUUGUGGCCAGCGCGCGCCAGUGGGCUGCCUUCACUCUCCACCUGGCUGAUGAACACUGUUCUCAGGGGGACUUCCCGCCUCGAGAGGGCUACGUCCGCUAUGGCUCCCUGGUGCAGCUUGUCUGCACUGUCACAGGCAUCACACUACCUCCAAUGAUCAUCCGCAAAGUAGCCAAACAGUGCGCACUCCUCGACGUGGACGAGCCCAUCUCCCAACUGCACAAGUGUGCAUUCCAGUUUCCGGGUGGUCCUCCAGGAGGGGGUGGCACAUACUUAUGUCUCGCCACAGAGAAGGUGGUGCAGUUUCAGGCCUCCCCCUGCCCCAAGGAGGCGAACAGGGCGCUGCUCAAUGACAGCUCCUGCUGGACCAUCAUCGGCACGGAGUCGGUGGAAUUCUCCUUCAGCACCAGCCUGGCCUGCACCCGGGAGCCGGUCACUCCGGUGCCUCUCAUUAGCACCCUCGAGCUGAGUGGCGGGGGCGAUGUGGCCACGCUGGAGCUCCACGGUGAGAACUUCCACGCCGGGCUCAAGGAGCCCGCGGUCCCUGGUGUGCGUGGUACCCGACGUGGCCGCCUUCGGCAGCGACUGGCGCUGGCUGCGCACACCCAUCACCAUACCCGUGAGCCUCGUGCGCGCCGACGGCCUCUUCUACCCCAGCGCCUUCUCCUUCACCUACACCCCCGAGUACAGCGCGCGGCCCGGCCCCCCGGGCGCCCCCGCGCCGGCCGCGGACGCCGACGCGCUCCUGGAGAGCAUCCACCACGAGUUCACGCGCACCAACUUCCACCUCUUCAUCCAGACGUAGUCAGCGCGGCCUGGACGCUGAGGCUGCCGCCGCUGAGGGGCGCGCCGGGGCCUAGCACCAGGGCCGGUUUUCUGGGUCCUAGGCCCUGCCCCCUGCCACUUUGCCGCGGAAGUGAAGCAUGCAGCCAGAGCAGCAGCAGGCACUCGCCCUAGAAACCCAGCCCGGCGGAUCUUACGGGUCUUUUUCAGCCUACGAAGACACGACCUGAGUGAUGCUCCCUUUGUGACCAGUUAGGAAUGUGGCUUUCCCUGUCUUUGCCUCUGUUUCAUUCUCUAAAUCAAUCACACACACUCUCUCUCCCUCUAACUUUGUAGAUCUCUCUUAUUCCUACAUCCCUAUCCCUCCAUCUUUCUCUUUCUCCUUCCAUGUGUCUUGCAUGCAGUUUCACACACCAGUGAAAAGCCAAGCCCAGGGCAUCUACCCUCCAGGCAGCUGUGUCUCCCCUGGAAGAGAAAACACACAGUUUCACACACCCAAGUGUGGGGCACCGGCUCAUGAGGUGUGGCCUGCUUGCUCUGAAGCACCAGGUCCUGCCUGGAAUAUGAGGUAUGACCUACUGUGCCGGGUUCCACCUGGAGCUCCAGGUCCCUUCUGGAACACUGGAUCCCACCCAAAGCACGGAGUCCCUCCUGGAGUGUGAAGGGCUUGCCCUGGAGUACUGGGUUCCACCCUGGAAUACAAAGUUCUAACCCCUCCUUGGACUUCCUGUGGCUGCUGUGAAGCCCAGGACUUACACUGGUGUUUGCUUUCCUGCCCAUAACUUUGGUGGCUGGGCAGGUGCCUGGGGCCGUGGCCAGGUCUUUCCAUCUUAACUGAACAGAGCCAAAUCUCUGGAAGGCCCAGUAAGAUGCAGUCCUGAGGGUCUGAGAUUACUCUCUUGUGCUAGCAUCAACCUCUGUCCAAGGCAGCGCCUGAUCUGUAUGAUGCAACUCACCACCAGGGGAGGUUCCCCAGGGUACUUCUACACAGACACACAGAGAAAGGACCACAUGAGUGAUGGAGCAGGGAGCUUACAUUUCUGACCUCUUCUGGAGGAGGAAAGGGAUUCAGAUGCAGCCAGCAUCCCUGAGCCCCCGUCCUUGCCCUGGAAGCCACCUGUUGCCUCUGAGGACUUUACCCUACUAGGCUUCUCUCCACCUCAAGCAAAGAUGCACCUGAGGCCCAGGGCAACCACAGGAUGCAAAACAAAACUUUCCCAGGACAACUCCAGGCAGAACUCUUGGGGCUGACUGGGCGAUAACCCAGCAGAGAGAGGAGCUUUUGCAUGGUGCUCAGGGACCAAAUCCUAACCAUCCCUGGCCAGCCUUCCCACCCUCAGCUGAAUCCGUGCUCUACAGGGAGGGUCCUGGCUCCGGCUGUUGGAACUGUGGGCACAGAUAUUAUAGGUGCCAUGUCCCUGUACCAGCCCCUUGGGGUGCCAAAUGGGGAAACCUGGUCUGAAAAGUGAGUUCAGAGUUCUCAUCCCUCUGGGCCCGUCUUUGUACUCUUGAGUAAGUUCAUUUCCUGUGAAACUCCUCCCCUAGCAAGUGGGAACCACGCCUCCCCACACUUUCUUGAGAAAGAAGAAAGUGACAUUUCCCAAGGGAAUGAAAAGGGGUUUGCUCUUUAAGCUCCUCAAAGUCUUGACUAAGUUCUGUCCUCAGCAGCCCAAAACCCACAAUGUUGGGAAAAGAGAAGCUUGUUCAAAGCCCGUCAUGACUCCUGAGAGUGGCUCCUGGCUGAGGAAGGCAGGGAACAAGUUGAUGGGAAAUGUCUCCGACAAGAGUGCCCGCCGCCAGGAGAGUUUGAGCUCACUGCCCCGUGACGCUGUUGAAGCGAGAAGCCACUUGUAAAGCGGCUAAGAGGAGUUUCAUAACAUGAGGAGUUGGGGGCUCAAGGGCCCUUCCUGCCCUCAAGAACUUCCUCCGCCACUCCACAAGGCAGCAGUCCCAGAAGCCAAGGACCCAGGCUGGCCAGAAAGCCCAGCCAUGCAGCUCUUUUUUUUUUCCCCACACCCCUCAGGGCAUCCCAGGACCCUUCAUCUCACCUACAUACCCACCUGAAAGUCUAUGUCUUCUGAUUUCCAGCUGCUGGGUUGGAGGUCUUCCCAGCCCCCAGGCUGAAUCCAUCCAACAUCAAACUCCCCUCCUCCCUCCCUCCCUCCCUCCCUCUCUCUCUCCUUCCUCCUCUCCUCUUCCUCCACUACUGCUCUGCUCUCCAAACCCAGCUCUUCAAAUCUUCUUUGAGAUUUCCCCCAAGAAAAUCUGGCUGCAUAAUUUGUGGGGCCCAGGGCAAAAAGGAAAUGUAUGACCCCCUUGUUAAAAAAUCAUUAUGACUUUCAAGACAGCGAUAUCAGAGCAUGAAAUCAAGGCAGGGCCCCGCUAAGCACGGGGCUUUGUGUGACUCCCCAGAUCACAAGGCCAAGAAGCCAGCCCUGGCCCCAGGAUUCCCACCUCAUAUUCCCAUAGAACCCCACCAUGUACUGCCCACCGUGGAUCAAAGGGCUUUCAUGUACAUGCCAGUUGUCCCAUCUAGACUGUGAGUUUGGGGUGGAAAGGAGCUCGUCGCUGCGUGCCCUAGGAGGUGCAUUACAAUGCUCUGAACCUUGGUUGGCGCUCAAUAAACAGCAAAUUGCCUUGCACUGCCUUGGCAGGUAUUUGGAUUUUGCAAGUGCAAAGUGAAA